AUGCCGCGCGAAUAUACCACUGUCCCUCCAAUAAGAACCACGCUCUUGCUCUGGGGAAGUUUAAUCGUUGCGGCUGGCGUAAGCUACUACUACGCUAAGCAACACAUCAACGAACGCAGGAAGUCGCAGGAGGUUACCGGUGUACGACCCUCAGGGAAGCUGGACUGGCGCGCAAGAGUUGCGCAAGAGGAACGGCAAGCUGCCCAACGCACAACUGUUCCAGCAGGUGCACGAGAGGCAGCCGAUGGAGGGUCUGCGAAAUCGUCAUCUGGUUGA